AUGCGGGAGAUUAUAAGAAUCUUAUUGUUUUGUGUGUGCGCUGUAUUACUGGUAGUUCAUGAAGCUAGGUGUGAGGAUGAUGCUUACACGGAGAAUGCUGAAGCUGAUUCUGGUGGUGCCAAAGUCGAGGAGGGCGAUAGGAAGGAAGGGAAAGGAUUAUUACCAGCUUCUAGUGUUUUACGAGAUUCAAAUGUCAUAUAA